AUGCAAAGCCAAGUACGAAUUGGUGGCAAAGGAACACCACGUCGUAAAGUUAAGAAGGUUCACAAGACCGCGUCAAAUGAUGACAAAAAACUUCAGUCAACAUUAAAGAAAUUGAAUGUACAACCGAUUCCGCAGAUCGAAGAGGUGAACAUGUUUAAAGAUGACGGCAACGUUAUUCAUUUUACUGCACCAAAAGUUCACGCAUCAGUUCACGCAAACACAUUCGCCAUCUACGGCCAAGGCGAAGACAAAGAACUCACCGAACUGGUGCCCGGAAUCUUGAAUCAACUUGGACCCGAUUCACUCGCUUCGCUACACGACGACAUUCCGGAAUUGGUGGAAAAUUUCGAGGCGGCUAGUGAGAAAAAAGAAGAGGUAGAUACAGGUAGUGCUACUUCCUCUACUGUGGCUGCGGCAGAAACUGGUGGUGCAAAGAUUAGUGACAUUGUUGAUUAG